AUGACAGAUAUUCAAGUGCGAGAGCCCGGCGAGGCCAAUGGCACAACCUUGCCUUUGGGUCAGCGAGGGCGUCUUGACCUGGCUGCUGUUCAAGCGGCUUUGAACAUACCGCUGGACAGCCGCUCGGAUGAAGACACCAACCUCAUCUACACUUUGCUUCAAGCUGUGCCCCUGCUACACGCCCUGCCUGCUGGAGCGGUGCGGCGUCUGAGUCAGGUGGCCGAGGCCGUUCAAUAUCACAAGGGUGACACCAUAUUCAGGGCUGGUGAAUCUGUGCAAGCCGUGUAUGUGGUCGUGCAGGGUCGGGUCAACUGUGGCAAGGCAUCCCGCACUGCUGGUGAUUGGUUGGCUGAGGGUUUCAGCCCAGCUCCCGCUACCCAGCACCGUGGCACGGCUGUUGUCGUGGGAGAACCCUGCACUUUGGCACGGAUACCCAUCGAGCAGUAUGAACACGCCAGGUUACCACGCUCCCCGAGCACUCAAGCCUCUCGUCACAUAGCCACCGAAGAACUGGUCCUCACGCCUCGCGUGAUUGGUGAUCCAGCCAGCAUUGCGCUCCCAGCCCUGCGCGUUCUUCGUCUGGGCAUCAACCCCGCCACGGGUGCUGAUAUUUCCACAGAGAGCAAUGCUUUGCCACCGCUGCCCCCUGCACCGCUUGUAUCGUCUUUGGCUCUGCAAUCAAAACUAGUUCAAUUUGACCACAGCCUGGACGCUUUUGUCUCAUCCCCGAUCGCGGCCGAGCACAAGCUCACUUUCACACCAAAAUCGGCAGUUCGCAUCAACACACCGAUGCGCCAGCACAACGACCGUAGUCUACUCCUGGAUGCCUCCAUCACUUCAGAACUCCCGGUAGCUGAUGACCCAGACGAUGAGGAUAGUGCUUUGCGACCUCAGAUCCUGUUCAGCACGAUCGAUCCUGAGGACGCCGAGUCUGAGAACCAAGAAGUGCCAGCAAGCUCGCUGGCGUCUUCUCCCAGUAUCGACAAUAAACGCGCUGCAGCAGCCCUGCGCCCCAUCCGUGGCCGCUCCACCGAGACUGGCUCAACCAGUAGAACCAUGUCCAUGCUGAGCUUAGAGGGAUCUUUGCCACAACAGCGAUUCUCAUCGGGUACCAGAAGUCGAAACUUGGCCUCGCGCUUGACCUUACGAGCAUCAAUGUUCAUGCCUGAGGAUCGCGUGCGAUCGGCGCUGGAAAAGCCACCAGAACAACGUCAUGACAAUGACGUCCGUGCGUUAGAGACAGAGCUAGGUCGUUUGACGGUGUUUGCUUUCAUGCCCGAACCAUCCCGACGCAAGCUGUGCCAGCAGCUGCAGUUACAAGAGUUUUACAGCUCUGGCUCAACUGUGGCAACACCCAGCACUGCACAAAAGUUUUGGUGGGUGGUGUACACGGGCAGCGUCGUCGUCGUGCCCUCGGCAGAACAGCAGUCGAGUGCUGGCAUUAUCCUAGAGGAAGGAGAAGCCAUCGGCUUUGGCUGCCCCUUACCCGGCGAGGGUGACUUGGUGGCCACCAGUUCAUCCAACACCCAGGUGUUGCGUGUGACUGCGGAAGAGUACGAGGCGGCCAUGCGUGAAGGUGAUACUGUCACACAGGAGAUGAAAACCAAUGGCAAGGUUGUUGUGAUCACUGAGCGGCGCAGCGUUCCAGGUCAACCAAGCGCCGGACCCAUGCGCGUCAUCAUCAAAGCAUCACGCAACAAGUUGCUUGCGUUUUUGUUUGAGCGAGCAGGCAAAAGCCUAGACUCGGACCCGCAUUUUAUGCGUGACUUUCUACUGACCUACCGUGCAUUCUUGACGCCGGCAGAGCUGCUCAAAGCGACAAAAAAGGCAUUGAGCCAAGUCAAUACUCGGCCGCGAGCCACCGAGGCACUUGAAGUUCACCCGCCUCGAUUCGUGCGCUUGAAUACUCGUGGUAUUCUGGAGCCCAAGGAUGCGCUGCUGCAGCUUGGCUUGACCUGCUCCACCCAACUCUAUGCCGCGGCCAUUCUCUUAGCCUGUCACUCUGAACACGUGUUUUUUCCCCAGCAGCCCAAGGGUUCGCCGCCACCCUACACGCUCGUCGUUUCACGUGUGGCCCCCGGCAGUGUGGCCGAGGAUGCCGGCUUACAAGCGGGAGACAUGCUGCUCCCCAGCCUGCAACAGCAACGUGAUCUUGAUGAAGCGACCCUCCUCGAGCAUGGAGUCGCUCUCUCCGACACUGGAGACGUGGUACUCCUCACCAUGGAUGACGUUUUGAAGGGGGCUUUGGAGCAUCAUUCGCUCACCCUGGUUGCCAUGAACGACCCAACCCUGGCCAUGCACCUGCGACAUGCCGAUUAUGAGUCUGGUUUGAUGGCUGCGUAUACGCGACUGGCCUCGCGCAAGCGAUCGCUGUCCGUCUCCCUUUCGGGCAGCACGGCUGCCUCUGCCACGGGGGGCAACGCCCACCAGGCCACGAGCGUAGGACCCAACCCGGCGACUGGAAUCAGCGACAUGUCUCCGGUCAAGCGCCGGCAUAGCAUGGCCACGAUGGACGCUCCAUCCCGAGGUCGGAAAAACUCCAUGCUACUACCUAGUCCCGUUGGCAUUUUCAAGCGCAAGCGAAAGGAGUCGACGCCAGAAGAACAGGUCCCCGAUUUGAUUGCGCAGCUCUGUGGUCUGCAGGAACACUUUGACCAUGAGCUCUGCAGUGUCCUCAAGAUCUAUAGUCAAGACUGGAGCAAACAUCAUUAUUUGGCUGUUAACCAGAUAACCCGAGCAGAACAAGUGGUGCUAUUUUUGGCACGACUCUGGCAUUUCGAAAUCGCCCCGGACCGAGAACUGCGAUUGCUCGUUCUUCAGCUGGAUGAGCGGGGCGUAGCCCGCGAGUACCUGGUCGAGCAGACCGGCUUUGUCGUCCGCUGUCUCGAGGGGUCAGUACGUUUCCUGCUGGUGGAUGUGCCAGCCGACAUGUCGAGCCCGAGUCGUAUGGAGCGAGCCAGUAGUCACAGCUCCAUCGCCUCUGCUGAGAGCCGACAUACCGACGGGGAUCAGGUGUCAGUUUCGUCACACGAACCCAAGCAUGCCGCAGUUGUGUGUCGAUACGUCAACCUCAACCUGAUCACGGAGAACGUGCGGCGUGAGAUGUUGGACGAGGUGACACAUAACAUUAUGAACGUCAAUGACAUCGACUUGUUGGCUCGAGUGAUAUGCGAAAAGCAAUGGCGCAUGCUGCGCCGCGUGCAGCCAACCGAAUAUGUUGGCUUGCUGUGGCAUAAGCUGCAGCUGGAAACCGCCAACUUGGACGAGUUGACGGAGCAAUUCAAUUGGCUGGUCAGGCUCUUCAAGACUGCCAUCCUGCGACACAAGACGGAUAUCAAGCGGCGCGUGGACCAUCUCAAGAGGAGUAUCAUCCUCGCUCGCACCAUGGUCAAGUUGGGCAACCUCAACGGUGCCUUUGCCAUCGUCUCGGCACUGGCAUCUUCAGAGGUUUCUCGGCUUAAGAAGACCUGGAGUGCUCUCAAGUCGACCGUGCGUCAAGAUUUUGAGAACCUCGAGUCCUUGAUUGAUCCGACGCGCAACAUGGCCACGUAUCGUACCUUGUAUGCUCAGCUGAGCAAGCAGCGCAAAGCCAUUCCCUUCUUGCCCCUUGUGCUUAAGGAUCUGGCUUUCACUCACGAGGGCAACCAAACGACGGUCGACGGUCUGAUCAAUUUUGACAAGUUGCGCAUGAUCUCGCGUCAAAUUCACAAUCUCACUGACAUGUGCCAUGAUUCUGAAGCUGUGCCGGCCAACCUCACUUGGCGUCAGUCGGGCCUCACACUCAAGCAAUUUCAUCAUCGACAAGAGAUGGCUCGUUCGAUUCUGGAGGCCCUUGCCAGCCAGGAUGUGAUCGAGAAUGAAGAGCAUUUCUUGGGGUUGUCUUUCUUCUGCGAGCAGUCGCGACAUUUGUUACGACAUUUGAAAAUAUCAGAUCCUGUCCCUCAAUACUUGGGCAAAGCGGCAAGCCGUCCCUUGCUAGAUCAAGCCCAAGCUAUGCAAAAAUUUGGUCCAACUCACUUGCAGCUAGUUUCAGAGGAGGCCGUAGCCACGGUCCACGAUGCUGGGGCGGAGCAAACUGCAACCGCCCCAGAAUCACAAAAGCCCGAGCUCUCAUCUGAGCCGGUGGCUCGUGUGAUUCUUCGCCGUGCUGAUUCAAGUGUCGCCCGCCACUCGAACGAAGUUGCGGGACAGGUGGGUCAUUACCAUAACCUUAAAGCCAUCGAAGAGCCUGUGGACGUACCAGCAAACUCUGCGGCGGCCAAACAACUUCGAUUCAUCCAAGCUCACAGCAUUUCCAGUCUUGACGGCGGACUGACCUAUGAGGAAAGUGGGUCUGCAGAACCAGAAGCCGCCACCCAAGCCACCUCGGCUCUAUCCAAGGUGACUGCGAUCCAUGGCGACGAUGUUUCUAGUCGCAGCGUUGCAGCAGCUAUUGAAAAUCCCCCAUCAGGGGAUUGCACCGACCGUGACUUAGACAUGGCCUCAGAUAAUGUCCAUGCUGCCGCUCCGGCUGAGGUCAAAGUGGCGGCAUCACGAAAUGACGACAUGACCGCAGAGGCAGUCGCCAACACUGAGGCUGAGCACGAUCAUGACCCCUCCCCUCUCCCACGCGACAAGUGCUCUUUUGAGAACCUGAGCGCAAAGGACGGCGCUAGUGGAAGUUCUACACCCACUUCAGUCCCCAGUAGCCCGCGCCGACACUCGUACCGGCAGCGCACUUCCUCCAGUGGCUCUUUAGAGGGAUUGUCCGAGCGCCCUUUGUUUCGACGACAAUCAGGCAUCUUUGACCCCGAAGCGCUGUCUGCUCGUACGCCUUCGAAGGCACCUUCAAAUAGCCCGCGCCCAACGGAUCUGCCAACGGGGAAAGCGCCUAUUCCACCAACGCGUGAUUACGACUCGGAUGAAUCCGACAGCUCUGCCGGGCCAGCAGCACCGCACAUGGACGAAGAGGACGCUGAGCGUGCCGUCUCUGUCUUUUCCCCGGAGGUAGGGGUAGUGACUUCAGAUCCCCCAGCCCAAGCCACCGAACUAAACAGCGACCAGAUGGAGCAGGAGAUCAGCGAUGGAGUUGAGGAUGACUUUGAACAGUGGCUGCAGGGCAUGAUGGUAUCGGCCCCCAAUGCAGAUGAGGACGCCGUGAAUGAUAGCACCGUUACCACUUCGACACGUGCAGAGCUUGACACAACAGAAUUGGAGACCCUGAUGGCUUCCAUUUUAGCUCCGCCACCUGAAGGUAAGGCGCUUUUGUAA